AUGGUCGUGCCUCCAAGCAGUGGAGGGGCUGCUGCUGCCUCUUCAGCAAAUCGCCCGACAUACACCACCAGCAAUGUCGCCUCGACAAAACCCAAGUCCGUCGCUCACACUCCGAGUGUAGCCGUAAACAACACGCCUAUGCCGCUCAGCGCAAGACGCUCAGAACCUCUGGACUUGAACACCGUAGAGCGUCGAGGACAACCAAAUGCCGCGCCUGAGAUUACCAAGAGGAACAGACUACAUGGUAUUCCCGAGGGACCUACUUUCCGACCCACCGAGGAAGAGUUUCGCGAUCCUAUGGCCUAUAUGCGCAAGAUUGAGCCUGAAGGUCGCAAAUAUGGAAUCGCAAAGAUCAUUCCUCCUGAAGGCUGGCAGAUGCCAUUUGCCAUCGAUACAUCGAGUUGA